AUGGCUGCUCCUGAGAAAGAUCCAGACCUGAGGCUCCAGCAGAACAGUCUAUUGGAUCCCAGCACCAGUCAGAGGAGUAAGUUCUUGGAGACUGACUGGAAGACACCAAUGUUGUGUGUGAAGUCCCAGAGCCGAGUCAGUCGCUGUCCCAGUGUGGCUGAGAGUGGGGAUGGAGGCAUUGGGACCUCCUGCUCGGACAGCAUGGAAGACUUCUGCAAUUCCAGUAACAGUUCCUCAUUCCAGCCCAUCAAAACCCAGGUGACCAUUCCAACAGCUCACGUUAUGCCUUCCACACUGGGUGCCUCUCCCUCCAAGCUGUGCUCUGCAGGAGACCAGAGCUGCUCCCAGGGCACUUCCAAGACCUCUGUGCCAGGAUCUGCCUCUGACCACGCAGGAAUCAUGAGGAAUGGGGAUUUUAAGGCUGGGAAGGCCUCUCAGGUGCCCCCCAGGGAUCUCCUGCGUCUUCACAGGACCUCAGGGGAAAAUGGCUUUGAGCAACCUUGGCCUGCUGCUGCUGCAGAUCCCACGAGAGCAGAGGACACUUGGAAGUUUGACACUCCUACCAUUGAGCACACCCUCAACCAGUCUCUCUUCAUGGACAGUGUGUGCACUGACCCUCUGCACAGGUGCCAGAAGUUCAACCCAAGCUCUGAGACAGGGAAGGACCAUUACAAGGUGCUGCCAGAGAGCAAACCAGCAGGGCCCAACGGAGCGUGUGAGCCGCGGGACGGGCCGUGGCCAGGGGGGAGCAGAGUGCUGCCAACAGGACUCCAGGCCAACACUUUCUUCUCAAAGCCUCUAGUAACUCCUCCAGCUCGAGCCUGGCUGCAGGAAGGCUGCACACUACAUCCCCACAAAGGGGUCUGUGAGCUCAGUGCUUGGAAACAGCAGCUGGACAAAGUGAGAUUGCAGGUGGAGCAGAUGCAGUUACAAAAUGGAGGCACCUGCCCCCAUUCCUCCAUGUGUUCUCCAUCCCUGCCCUCACCUGAUCCAGCUCAGUGGAUCAAUAUCCUGAACUCCAAUGAAAACCUACUCAAGGAGAAAGAGCUCCUCAUUGACAGGCAAAGGCAGCACAUAUCCCAGCUGGAGCAGAAGGUCAGGGAAAGUGAGCUGCAGGUUCACAGUGCCCUGCUGGGCUGUCCUGCAUCCUAUGGAGAUGUCUACAUGCUGAGGCUGCAGGAGCUGCAGAGGGAGAACACCUUCCUUCGAGCACAGUUCACAGAGAAGUCUGAAUCCCUAAGCAAGGAGAACCUUGAGUUGGAGAGAAAACUGGCUGCUGCAGAGGUGGAUGUGAAGCUGGUCCGGGAGUCUCUGAAGGAAACUGUGCAGAAACAUGCAGAGGAGUUAAAGAAACAGGAAGAAAGGGUAAAGGGAAGAGACAAACACAUUAAUAACCUGAAAAAGAAAUGCCAGAAAGAAUCUGAACAAAACAGAGAGAGACAGCAGAGAAUUGAGACCCUGGAAAGGUACCUGGCUGACCUGCCCACCCUUGAGGACCACCAGAAACAGAGUCAGAAGCUGAAGGAAUGUGAACUGAAGAGUACUACUAUGCAGGAAACGAUGCUGGCACUGGAAACAGAGCUUGGAGAUGUCCAGGCUGCUUUCAGGGAGCAAGAGAUGCAGCUAGAAACCCAAAAACACAAGGAGCUGGAGCUUCUCUCCACUGUGCGCAGCUUGCAGGACAAGCUGCAGCAGUGUGUAAAGAAUGCAGAGAGGGGAUCCUCUGCCCAGGAUGGGGAGAGACAGAGAAUGGAAAAUGACUCUCUGAAGAAAGAAUGUGACUGCCUCAGGAAGAUUGUGGAGAAAAAGCAGAAGAAGAUGGAGCAGUUGUCCUUGCAAGUAAAGAGUCUGGAAGAACAGAUGGCCCAGGAAGAGGAGACAAGCCAAGCCCUGAAAGAAGAGGCAAUGAGAAGGGAAAACGCUCUGCAGCAGCUCCGUGCAGCUGUGAAAGAGCUCUCUGUGCAGAAUCAGGAUCUGAUCGAGAAGAACCUGACGCUGCAGGAGCAGCUCCGCCAGGCUGAGCUGGCACAGCCCCUGCCUGCUGACACAGCCCACCUCACCCAGGAGCUGCAUGGAGAGCUGGCCAGCUGUCUGCAGGAUCUGCAGUCUGUCUACAGCAUUGUCACUCAGAGGGCUCAGGGCAAGGACCCCAACCUCUCUCUGCUGCUGGGCAUUCACUCUGUGCAGUACUCUGCGAAGGAGAAGGAUGACUUGCUGAGCCCUGAUAGACUUGCAAAGAAACUGGUGGAGGUAAAACAGCUCCACAAAGAGGUGGAGGACUUAAGGACUGCAAUAUCUGACAGAUAUGCUCAGGACAUGGGAGACAACUGCAUCACCCAGUAAAGAACACUCCCCAAAGUA